GUUUCAUUUUACAAAACAAUUCUGUCCGAAGAGGCAUUCUAUCAUCACAACAACGAUCACUUUUUAGAUCCGCAACUACUACUUCAGCUUUACCACGAUCAAUUGUCAAUCCCAAAACAACUUCCAAAUCAUUCUCCACAUCUUCAUUCAUCAAGAUGCCGCAAAUGCCAAAAGAUAUCGUAAAGGGGGGCAAAGAAGCUCUUUCCCUAAAGAAUAAUGAUCUCUUUGUUCAAAAGGGUUACAUCAAUGGGGCAUGGGUUGAUGCAGACAAUAAGUCCACUUUCCCUGUCCAUAACAAAGCAACACAAACAGAAAUUGGUUCAGUACCAAAUAUGGGCAAAGCAGAAACAAAGAAAGCAAUCGAUUCAGCAAAUGAAGCCUAUAAAGAAUGGUCUCAAACGACCGGAAAACAUCGUCAAGAUUUAUUGACAAAAUUAUUCAACGCUUUACAAGAAAAUACAGAAGAUCUUGCAAAGAUUAUUACGGUUGAAAAUGGUAAACCAUUGGCAGAAUCAAAAGGUGAAUUAGCUUACAGUAACGGAUUCAUUGAAUGGUUCGCAGCCGAAGCUACACGUACCUACGGUAAAACCAUUCCCGCUCCUUUACCAAACGUACGCAACGUGACAAUCAGACAACCAGUCGGUGUUUGUGCUUUGAUCACACCGUGGAACUUCCCUGCUGCCAUGAUCACUCGUAAGCUUGCACCCGCUCUUGCGGCCGGAUGUACUGCUGUGAUUAAAGCACCUGCUGAAACACCCUACACAUCUUUGGCCAUCACCAAAUUGGCCGAACAAGUCGGAUUCCCAAAGGGUGUGAUUAACGUGAUCACUUGUGCAAAGGGUGAAAACGAAGCAGCUGUCGGCAAAGAAUUGUGCGAGAACUCAAUCGUACGUAAAUUGAGUUUCACAGGAAGUACAAGAGUUGGCAAAUUAUUGAUGAAUCAAUGCAGCAACAGUCUUAAGAAAUUAAGUUUCGAAUUAGGUGGAAAUGCACCUUUCAUUGUUUUUGGUGAUGCCGAUCUUGAUAAAGCAGUAGAAGGUGCUUUAGCAUGCAAAUUCCGCGGUGCAGGUCAGACAUGCAUUUGUGCAAACCGAAUCUUUGUGCACGAUUCAGUUUAUGACGAAUUUGCUUCUAAAUUGGCUGCAAGAGUGGACAAAUUCAAAGUCGGAAACGGUUUGGAAGAAGGAAUUCAACUUGGACCUCUUGUUAACGAAGCCGGUCGCGACAAGGUUGCAGAUCAUGUCAAAAGAUCAAAAGAAGCCGGAGCAGAAGUUUUGGUUGGUGGAAAAGCAGGCGAAGGAUUAUUCUAUGAACCAACAGUUUUGGCCAAUAUUCCCGAACAUGCACCAAUGGAUGAUGAAGAAACAUUUGGUCCUUUAGCUGCUCUUUACCGUUUCAAGACAGAAGAAGAAGUCUUGGCAAAGGUUAACGCCUCACCCGUUGGAUUGGCCGGAUACUUCUACUCAGGAGAUGUUGCCCGUUGCUUCCGUGUUGCCGAGAGAUUGGAAGUUGGUAUGGUCGGUAUCAAUGCAGCCAUCAUCAGUCAAAAUGUCGUUCCAUUCGGUGGUAUCAAGGAGUCCGGAUUCGGCAGAGAGGGUGGACCUGGAGGAAUCGAUGAGUACAUGGUUGAUAAGCUCAUGGUGUUUGGUGUUUGAUUUGGUUUGAAAAUGAUGUACAUAUCUGGAAUUCUGAAUACAAAUUUUAUUGAUCGCGCGCUAUUAUUAC